CCUCCAACUGACACCAAAGAUGGGGCACUAUUCCUCCCACUGACACCCACUGACACCAAUGAUGGGGCACUAUUCCUCCCACUGACAUUAAUUAUGGGGCACUUUCUCCCACUGAUACCAAUGGUGGGGCACUAUUCCUCCCCCUGACACCAAUGAUGGGGCACGAUUCCUCCCACUGACACCAAUGAUGGGGCACAAUUCCUCCCACUGACACCAUGAUGGGGCACCAUCUAUCAGAGUGAGGAAUAGUGCCCAUCAUUAGUGUCAGUGGGAGGAAUAGUGCCCCAUCAUUAUUGUCAGUGGAAGGAAUUGUGCCCCAUCAUUGGUGUCAGUGGGAGUAAU